AUGAAGAUUUUCAUCAUCAUCAUCACGGCGAUAUGUGGACUCGCUGAAGCCUCGCCAGCUGUCACUGUUAGCAGUCCUAGCAUCUCUACAUCCAAAAUCUCAUCAGGCACUACUCUUGUGACGUCUACUUCAUCAAGUUCUUCACUUAAUACUACAUCUACAUCUUCUUCAUCUACCUCUACAACUUCAUCAGUCUCAAUCACGUGCACAUCUACACCCUUGCCUUCCAUUCUAGGCUUCACGGCUCUUUUAGACCCGCUCACGUACACCAAUAUACCAAUGAAGAGGACUGCUGUACCUUCAACAUGCUCUAUCAUCCCAACGAGUACCAAUUCAACAAGUGUCAUCUCAAGUACUACCACAGCUACAUCAACUCAUAGAUGUAUCGAUGGGCCUUGCGCCGCUCCAACGCCCACAUCGUGCUCAUUUUAUUCGUGUCUUGAUGGUGUUAUGGGCUGCGGAUCGAACGGAUAUCCGGCAGCUUAUGGUCUUUACUACUGCAACAGGUUCAUGACUGCCAUGGGAAAUAUGGAUGAUGCAGGGAAAAAAUGGAUAACAAGCACAAUGCUUUGCCUUCAAAAUUCCCUCCUAAAAUUCGGACAAGGUACCUCGAUCACAUGUGAUGCUCUCAAAGAUUAUGCUUUCGGGACCCAUGCGAAUUGUUACGUCCAAAAUGGAAUUUGCGAUCUUAGCGCUGCAGACUGGGCGGUUAUUGUGGAUACUGUAGGAUUUUCAAAUCUGUGGUCGAGCCUGAAUGCAGCAGGUCAGACUCUAUCGGCAAUGAGGCAAUGUGCAAACUUUUUCUUCUGGGCUGCAGGGCGUAAUCUUUGGCCAGCAAGUUGCCCGCUUCCGAACCCAUUCUGA